UAGUUUCAGUCACCUCAGAGAAAACAGUGCCACUGCCAACAAUGAGAUAGCAGCAAUUUGAUACACAGAUCGCUCGGAUUAGAAUGAUUAACAGACGAUGAUAACAGGAUUUACGCGGAACCAGGAUCGAGUCUAAAUAAAGUUUAAAGUCACUGUUGUGUGAGCAAAAGUAAUUCAACCUUUAACCUAAAAAAAAAAAAAAGAAGAACUCCGUAUUCCACGUCGGCCCUGAAUGUCGAAACUACCAGGAAAUGCAGGUGUGUCGGUGCUCGGGGACAAGUCGCUGGAGUUUUACCGGGACCCGGUGAGCUUCUGCCGGCAGAGGAUCGAGAAACACCACAGCAGAGUGUUUCAGUGCCGCCUGCUGAACAGACCGACCGCCUUCAUCUGCUCAGUGCAAGGGAUGAGAGAGCUGUUGUGUGAGAAGUCAAACUUGUUUCUGAAGGAUCCAACGGACUUGAUGACCAACAUGUAUGGUGACACUAUUGUCACCACGAAUGGGGAGGAGGCAUGUCUACUCCGUCUGUCUCUCACAAGCCUGUUCACUGGGAGCUGUUUGGACUCCUCCACUGAUUACAUCGAUAGUGUAAGUGACCGCUGUCUGAAGGAUCUUUCUAACAGUGGCGAGCCAGUGUGUGCGUACUCUGCCUUUAAGCGUCUGGGGACAGAGUUGGCGUUGGGCCUUUUCUUGAACGUUCGAGCAGAAGAGCAGCCUGAAGUCUACCAGGAAAUCGCGCAACUCUGCACCCAACACUGGCAUGGGCUGAUCUCUGCUCCGGUGAACGUGAAGGUUCCUCUGUGGUCGUCAGGUUUCUCCACCGCUCUUGAUGCUAGAGACAAACUGAUGGACAUCAUCAAAGACAAACUGGAAAAUGACAAACAUGGUUUUGUGGGCUCUCUUGCUUCUUUGCCGCUGCCUGACUCCAGCUCCGCCUCCCAGCAUCUCCUGCUGUUCAUCUCAGCUCUGAUCCCCAAAGCUCUGGCCUCGCUGCUCACAUCCUUUACACUGGCACUCAGUGGAAACGAACAGAUGCGCCAGCAAGCCCUGGAAGAGCCUGAUUUCCUGCACAGAGUGCUGCUGGAGGUUCAGAGACUUUGGCCUCCUUUCAUUGGUGGACGCAGACUGGCUGCUCAGGAUGCCACCCUCGCAGGGUUUCUGGUCCCAAAGAAUCACGGGGUCGUCUAUGUCAGCCACUCUGUCCACCGAGACCCUGACGUCUUCCAUGAGCCAGACAGCUUCCUUCCAGAGAGAUGGAGUGGACGGAAUGCAGGUCAAGAGCACUUGCUGUGUUCCUUCGGUAACGGGCCAAGAGGCUGCAUUGGAACUAAACUUACCGAUGUCUUCCUAAAGGAAGCGUGUAUGUAUCUGUUAAAGCACUACGACUGGUGUUUGGAUCCUCCAUCACAGGACCUGGAGUACAAAUGGCUGCCUGUGUCUCGGCCCGCCAACACCCCCACCAUCUCCUUCACCCGACUGGAUCCGACCAGAUCUGACAGGAGCAAAACCAGCUAAGGAUGCACAGUACGCUUAGUGAUGCACCUGCUGAUAAGUUAGAGAAAAAAAAUAACAACAUACGUGAACUAAAAACUGUAGCUGAAGGCCUGGUGCCUGUCUAAAAAAAAAAAAAAAACCAGCUAAAAUAUGGAGACACACAGAGGGAAGCCAGCACUGUGAGGUUUCCCCCCGCUGUGUUUAAUACAGUAAUCGUCCUGGGGAAAGCCGAGGAGUGCGCUGCUUUCAGUCUGCGUGUUCCUCUGACAGAUACUCUGCAGCUUUGCUUGAUAAAUCUGCCACAGAAGUAAAAAAUAAAUGACUCAUUCCUCUAUUGUUAAAUCAGUCGUUUCUUGGCUGCGUUUCCGUGGUCUGUUUGAAUGAGUCAUUUAUUUUACUUCAAAAAGAUUAAUCAUCAAAACUCUUUGUCUUAAUGAUCCUGUCAUCUGUCGUUGCUUUGAUCAUGAAUUUAGAUUUACUUCGAUUUAGCCUUUUUUAUGGUUGUGUUUGAUUGUGAACUGGACUUGAAAUCACCUCCAACAAGGCAGCUUCUAUGAGGUACAAUUGCAUCUUUGUCCCAACACUGCAGUAUCAAUAUUACAACCUUGUACAUCCCACCAAUAUACGUUUGGCGCGCACACACACACACACACACACACACACAGAGGUAAACCCUCAGAUUUCAUCACUUAAUGCCAACCUGUCUUCCCUCCCCCCUCCACCUCCUAGCAACCACAACUGCUUAGCAACUGUUCAUCACACUGACACUGACUCACUUUCCUUUGGUAUGCAAGUCUCACACACACACACACACACACACACACACACACACAUACACACACACACACACACACACACACAUACACACACAAGAUGGUAAUUUCUGAAGCAGUUGGCUAUGAUAAACACACCACGGGAUCACAUGUCACAAAGCCACCGGGCUUUUCAGAGCAUGCGCCAAAAUUUGAAAUCACCUUCGUGACCUGAAUAAUUUUGAGCGACAUGAAUCAUAAACUAAUCUUGUUCUGUGUCUUCAGCAUUGAUUUAUUUUAUUUUAAACUCCUUAUUUAUUAUUAAGUUUACAAAACAUGUAUUCUUUGUCUUUUUUGUGUCUUUGCUUUUAGCACAUAUUUACAUGCUUCAUUUAUCAAAUCUCUUUUUUUAAUGUUGAGUUUGGCCUUGGUGUUUUUACCGGUGUCUUACAACUGGAGCAUUUUGAAUGCUAGUGACUUCUAUCUAAUAGUGUCUAAAAAAUACUGGGAGAUCAUUGACUGAUUCAAGGACAAAGAAAAUAAAGAAAAUAACUGAUACCUUA